GUGGAAAAACAUCGAUGUUAGUUGUUUUCGAUGCAAUUUAUUUUCUGUAUUCGCUUUGUUAAAUAAAAAAUGCAAAAAACAACUUUAAUAUAACAGAUGUAACCGAAACACACCAAGAAUCCUAGAAAAUGUCACAGGCAGCGUCUACCACGCAGAGUGCAGCUGCUGCACCGGUGGGUGGCGGCAGUCGACGGCUGCCCAGCGAUGGCGUGGGCGGCGUUGGCGUCAUGGGGAAUACCAUGUCAGCGAGAUUCGGUGAGACCGAAUGGGAGGCCCGAGAGUCGCAACGCCAACGCGAACUGCAUGAGGCGCGUGCCAGGGCGGCGCAGAUGGAGAAGACCAUGAAGUGGUGGUCUGAUUGCACUGCCAACUGGCGCGAGAAAUGGAGUAAGGUACGCAACGAGCGGAACAAGGCCCGGGAAGAAUCCAAACAGUUAAGCGUUAAACUGGACGUCGCAAUGAAGGAGGCACAUUCACUGAAGCGCGAGAAGAAUGAUCUUGAGGUGCAGAUCACACAGCUGAAGAAGGAAAUGGAGAAGGUGCACACGCUGAUGAUGAAGCAUGCGGGCCAGUUCCAUCGGGCCGACACCAACGAGGAUGCCGAAGCCAACGGACGCGACGCCAACUGCUCGCCGGACAUUUCUUCGGAUGGCCUGAAGAAUAUCAAUAGCGAGGAUGGUUUGGUCACCAAACUAACCAACGAUGUGAAAGAUCUGGACAUUGAGGAGUUUGCCAUGAAAGGAGCCAUGCCCAAGCAUUUGACGGAUCUGGAUGAGGCCGCGGCCGCCGAAGAGAAGCGUCUGAUACAGCAGUUGUCCAAGGAUGACUUUGACGAAGAUUACUUGCUGCAAAAAAUAUCCAUGCUGCAGUUGCGACUCGAUGAAGCGCAGAAAACUCUACAGGCCGAAAGGGAUGAGAAGCACGAACUUCACAAGAGCAUUGAGAAGCUGACACUGGAGAUACAGGAUGUGCGCGGACGUCACGAGGAGAUGCGUUCAGCCAAGCAGGAAGCGGUUCGCGAGCUCUUGACACUGCAGGAGCAGCAUCGGGCAGAGAUGCGCAUCGUGAACAACUCGCUGCAGGAAGAGAUUGCCGCACGUGAGAACCUAGAGCGCCGUCUCACAGAGCUGCGAACCGAACUGGAGCAUCUGCAGGCAGAAAACGCCUCCGAAUGGGGCAAGCGGGAGCGCCUGGAGUCUGAGAAGUUGGCCUUGGAGCGCGACAACAAAAAGCUGCGCGCCGAGCUGCGUGACUAUCAGGAGCGUUCGGAUCGCAAGUGUCGCCCUAUGCAGGCCAACGAUGUGGAGCUUCGCGCGCUGCAGCAGGAGCUCUCGGAGCGCAACAAGGAGAUCAGCGAGGUGAAAAUGUCGCAUGCCAAGCUGAAGAAACUGUUGGCUGAGACCAACACGGAGCUGAGCCACGCAGUGCGCCGGGCAGAGCAAUACGAGGCAGAGGUCAAACGCCUACGGCAGCGGGUGGAGGAGCUAAAAAGGGAAUUAGCGGGCGCCGAAGACGAGCUGGAUUCGGCGGUGAAUCAGGUGCGGCGUCUGCAGCGCUCCAACGAUGAACUAGUGGGCCAAACUGAGGGCUUUCAGGUGCAAAUUCAACAUCUACAGAACAGACGAGCCCCCAGUCCGCAGCUGCGCGGCAUGGGUGGCGUUCAGUUGAGGAACAAAAUAGCCGUCGAGCUGCCCAACGAUUGUCUGCCGAAUAUCAAUGAUCUGCGCCAGAUCUUUGAUGAUUCUCAGGCGGGAAUGCGCAGCUCCCACAAUGGCAGCGAUGCCGCUGUUCAUCAUGCGGCUUCUGUAAAGCGUUCCAGUCACACGGAGCGCACGCUGCUGCAGCAGCAACAGAGCAGUGCAGCUGCCUCGGCUGCGGCAGCGGCGGCGGCAGCAGCGGCCUUCUACGAUGCAAAGCCCACGCAUCUGGAGGAGAACAUCUUCGAGUCAAAGUCCCGGAACCUGGAGUUUGAGCGGGCCAAGCAGAAGUUUGACAAUCCCCAUGGAUCGCAUCACCACCACCAGAGGCAGCGGUCGGGCAACGGACAUGGCCGAUACGGUAGUGCCGGGAGCAGCAGCAACUGCAGCAGCGCCAAUCGCUCGAAUCUCGUGCUGCCCCUCAAAUGCAUGACCAAUGGGGGUACUCCUUCCUCGGCGUCCAGCAAGGACGAGAUGAACAGGCAGCUGUACGAGGCGCACGAGAAGGAGCAGGGCUAUGCCAGGAAUAGUAUCAAUCUGGAUGGUCUCAAGGUAUCCGACGAUGAGGUGAGCCGCACGGAACCCUGUUCUCUUCGCAUCUUUUACUAACUUUUUUCAUUUCUGGUAUUAUUUUGACUCCGUAGCUAUGGUUCGACAAGCUUACUGCUGGACGAUGAGACCGAAGGAAAUAGCGAUUGAAGACAAAUUCGAUUGAAGGCUAUGGUAUUAAAUGCUAGUAUUAAUUUCACCCCAAAAUGCGUAAGUACUUUAAAGUUGGUGGAGCAUAGGUCUCAAGGUACAAUCCAUGAUCCUAGGCUAUGUUUGAGGACCACCAUCAACUUGUUCCUUAGUUGAAUCAAUUCAUAAGUUUACCUAAGUACUUUUAUGUGAACAAGAGGGAACCACUCUUUCGGCACACGAAUCCCCAUAGAUCAGCAGUAAACUAUGUCAUUUAAUAAGCUUUUAUCUUCACAAAUAUUCCAUUUAUACUAAGCAUUACUAUCAGACAUUUUAGCUGGCCAUAUCUCGUUUCUCUAUGAGCUUAACUCGCAAAUAAUACAGUUGUUAGGAUCCCUUACAUCUCAAUCGCCAUUGGAAUCCCUUGCCUUCUUGAACAACACAGACUAAACCACAUUAACAGACUUACUACCAGAUUUAUAUACGUAUUGACUCAUAAUACAGGUUCGAUUUUUGAGUGCCAGAAUCCCAUAGGAAUUUUACAAAAUUUAAUCGGAACAGAGUCCAGUAUGCUGCUGGCUGUGAAUCGGAAAUAAUUUAAUAUAUAUCAAAAUCUCGAGAUCUGUGCGUUUGUCUAGUCCCAUAUCCUUUUCGCUUACUUUUCCAAACGAUUACACUUUGAUUCGCAGCAGCGGCAUAUUGAAUCUUAUCUAGAAUAUAUAGUAUAUACAUAUUUGAAAGAAGAAUAAUAUACGUAUUAUAAUUUAGCAAUAUUAGUAUUCUAGUGUUUUAAAAAUACCAAUUUAUAAUUAACUAUUAAAAUUACAACAUAACAAAUA